UCCCUUGUGGACGUUGCGUGCAGACUUUAAAGCAUCCGAAAGCACGCACGCACACGCAAACAGUUGGUGCUCUCACGCUGUCAGUGCUACAUAACGCGGUGCUCGCAUGCUCAGAGUCACAACUAACAGUAUCGUAGCGGCCGCGUCAAGUCGCUGGUGCUCCUAGAAGUGUUGGGUGACGGAGGUUGGUGCAGUGUGUCAAUCAAACCUCUUCUCGUAGGGCGCCGCCCCCAGUGACCUGAGAGUGUUGGGUGCUGAUGUUAUGACGUCAGCGAGAUCAACGGAGUGCAGAGGAGGGUCAGGACAGUGAAGAUGGCUCUCAUAAUGUGGCCCCGUAACGUGGACAGUAGCCAACUGACAGCUGAUCCGCUACGAAAAAUGGACAGAGAUCGUAUGAGCUCACCCACAACUAGAGGUACGUUUGCCGAAGCCCUCGCCGCGCUCAAGCCCACCACAGAGGGCAACAGCGUGAACGGGUGUGAGAGAGAAGACGUGGUCAGCGACUGUGGUAGUGAUGGCGGCCUCCACGACCAUCACCAUCAUCACCACCACCACCACAACACCACCCUUGAUGACCACCACCACCACCUCGAUGAUUCCAUGGACGGCACCCCGCCUACCAUCACUAACAACACCUCGUCCUCCUCGGCUGACCUAACCACGCCCACCGCGCGCCCACGCACACCCACGCCUGUCGGGCUCGUCCAGACACACGCCCCCCACGCGCCCAUGCAGCUGCCGCCAGCUCCCAGACAUUUUCACCCAGUUAUUAAUCUGGCUCGUGACCUAACCGGUCGGUCCAGCAAUGGGGGUCGGUCACCCACACCAUCCCCACCACCCAUGCUGCCCCCUCACACCUCAGCGGCCCUGCCCUCUCCCUCGCCCACGCCCACAGUGACCCACACGCCCAUCAGCAGUGCCGCCUCGCCCACUAGUGCGCCCGCAGCCGCCCACUCCGUACAGGCUGCCCUCGCCGCCAUCCAGGCUGGAUCACUCUCACUCAACCAGCUGAUGGCUCUAGGAGCUCAAGGUCCAGGACUUCUGAUGCAGAACCAGUUGGCAGCAGCAGCAGCAGCAGCCAACCAACUGCCUGUCUCCUCCCCCCUUCCCAGCCUCGGCUCACUCAACCCUCAGGACAUGCAGGCUCUACAGCAGACACUCUCACAGCAACAGCAACAAAUCCAGCAGCAGUUGCAGCAAUUCAUGCUGUUCACACAGCCCAGUGCAGCCUCCCAGUUGCCACCUCAGGCUCAACUCUUCCUCCAGAGUCAGCAGUUGCAGUACUUGCAAAAUUUGCUGCAACAAGGACUCUUGGCAUCCCCAGGGCUCGCAGGUAUGCAAGGACUGCAACCACCAGUAUCCCAGGCGCCCUCCCAAGCUGCACAGGUGCGUAAUGUGCAGCAUGCUGUAGCACAAGCUGCCCAGCAGCUGCAGCAGCUGCAGAAAGCUCACCAGCAGCAUCAACAACAACAACAUCAGCAGCAGCACCAGCACCAGCACCAACAAGCUGCAAGAGAAAUUAGGGACUUGAGAGAUAUACGUGAUCUAAGAGACAUACGAGACCUGAGGGAAGUGUCCAUGAGGGACAUGCGAGAUAUACGUGAACCUCCAUUACGGCCUCCACCUCUUGAGCCUCCACAUGUGUCGGGCUCACCCCUGGCACCUCACUUGCCACCACAUGGACACAUGGCCAGGCCACCUGUGCCCCACUCCCCGCCACCUCCACCUCCCCGCCAUUGGGAACCACUUCCAGAGGAACCAACAGACCUGGAGGAGCUGGAGCAGUUUGCCAAGACCUUUAAACAACGACGCAUCAAGUUAGGGUUUACCCAGGGGGACGUGGGACUGGCCAUGGGCAAGUUGUACGGCAAUGACUUUUCUCAAACCACCAUCAGCCGUUUUGAGGCUCUCAACCUCUCCUUCAAGAAUAUGUGCAAGCUGAAACCACUGCUUCAGAAGUGGCUAACAGAUGCUGACAAGACAAUUUCUGACCCAACAACUGUUAGUAACUCCCUCUCUUCGCCCGAUGCAGUUGGUCGCCGUCGAAAGAAGCGAACCUCCAUCGAAACUAGCGUCCGUGUGGCUCUUGAGCGAGCCUUUAUCCAGAACCCUAAGCCCACCUCAGAGGAGAUCUCAAUGCUUGCAGACAACCUCUCAAUGGAAAAAGAGGUAGUCAGGGUCUGGUUCUGUAACAGACGCCAGAAGGAGAAACGAAUAAACCCUCCAUCAAGUGGAAUGAUCAGCCCACCACUGAGUCUCAGUGGUAACAACAUGUUCUCUGGGCCACCCAUUUCCUCAGCCCUGACACUCACCAGCUUGGGAGCGCCGCCUCUCUCUCCUGGAGCUCAUCUCCCAUCACCUCUGUCCCUGGUCACCCAUAGUUAUCCUCCAGUUUCACCUCCUGAGUCUGCCUCGAUAAAAUCAGAGUAGCUGUCUCCUGGGCCUCGCUGCUCAGGGCUACUGGACUGUGAGUCACAGUCUGCCUGGCAGGGACGCCCAAGCGCCAUCUCUCCCCCGACCGCCCCCCGCCCCUUUUGUGCAAUGCCCGACCUCUCUCUUGGCGGUGAUUGGCGGCUCUUUGGGGCAUAUCAGCAGUAAUACCAUGAGGCAACAAUAUCAACUACUACUCUAUCAGUAGUGUCAAGUUGGCAUCACCAGGCUGCUGCCAUUAUCUUCAGCUCCAUAAAGGAGGUCCUGUGUCAGUGUUGUAAGUGUUUGGUAUGUGGUGAUGGUAGCGUGGCUGCCACAGACUUGCCUGGUCUUUAGUGCCACACACAGUCAUGGCUGCAACAGGCACGAUCAUAUCAGUGGUGAGGAGACACACUCAGGGGACACAGGUGCACACUAAAAGUCUGUAACUAAAUCUGUGUGAUACCCACAACAUAUAUAAAAUGGGACAAAACAGUGCUUCAAGUGGUGCUUUUGUUAGAGUGACUGGUGAAAGACAGUUAAAAUUGCCAGAGUGUAGAGUGACAUUGAGGAACGUGUACUCUGUUGGUCCCGCCUGAAUCGUCUCACACACAGAACUAAAUUCUGCCAGUGGAAAGGCUCCCCACUCUCAUGUCUGCCUCCCACCAGGACUGCACUAAUACCUGCAGGUGUGGCUUCAAUAUACUGUAUACCAGUUUAGUAUUUACUGAGUUUAAACUAGUUCACUUACCAUUGAAAAUUUUGCCCCAUAGAAAGUGGUUGGUAUUUAUGAUAGUGGGGGCCCAAGCCACAUGAGGCAGAGCGAACCUUGGCAAUAGUUUGUAAGAAGAAUGGGGUAAAAUGGGAAAGUGUUUUUAUGUGUAGUGAGUAGAUAAAUGACUGAUUUCUGUAUUAUCAUUGGAAUACUGUCUAUGUGGCUUAUUUUAUCCAUUGAGUACUAGUGUAUUAUCCUAGUAAUGUCUACUUAAAUGAUCUUGCCUGAUACGAAAUGAAAGUUCCUGCAUAUAAAAUGAAGUACGUAAUUCUUAAGAUACCUCAACCAAACAGCGGUGUUGGUGGGACGGUUGGACGACGCGGAGCAGGACAUAUCCAAGGUGCAUUUUUACUGUUGUAGCGUAGGUCGCGUGGUCCCUCACUUUGUCUGACUGCUCCCUGCGUGUUCUUUACUCUGACGUUGUGAUUGUGUAGCUGAGGAUUAUAUUUUCCGUGGAUCCAUGAUGUUAGACUUGUAAGGGCUUAUUGUAUCAUCAUCGCCCCCUCAAUACACUAUGUACAUAACCUCAUCUCGAGGACAUAUCCCCCCUAGUUCCCCAUCCCCCUUACUUUUCCUCCUUGAUGUUAAGGGGAUAUAUGCCUCUCCUUACUCUGUCAAAUACCUCCACCAGUGUCACUUUUCCUAUUAAAAAAUGGACCCACCUUUGCAAGUGCACAUUCCCUUUCCCUCCACAUGUGAGACCCCACAUGAACGACCUGGUUUAAUGUUUGAUAAUUCUGCUGUCUUCCAGAUGAAGAAGUCACUGUGCUUUUACUCAAGUGAUCACAUGGGGACUUUAAGUCCUUCAUGUAGUAUUUUUUUUUUGACACAUAAACUGUGUCAUUGUUUAAACUGGCACAUUUAAAAGUGAUAAUUAUACCUGUAUUCUAAAUGACUCCUGCAAAAAUAGAGUAAGAUGCUGCUUUUGAAGCAAACUAAAGUUUAUGGGUCCACUAUUCUGCUGUCUCCCCCCCCCCCUCUCCCAACCCCUCUUAAUGAUGGUUACUGACUGGUUUCUGGCCAAUAUUCUUGGCCUCGUCCUGGAGGCGGGUAGUUCCUAUUAUGCUCCUGCCUAGUCUCAUGUUCACCAUCCAGAAAUGUCCCUCUCAUCAAACCCAAACAUCAUCCAUGCAUAACCCAUCCUAACCUCAACAUCCUGCCCUUGUUGCCUCUAUAGGCUGCCGUGUGAUCUGUCAACUCUUCCAAGUCUCAUUAUUGUGUGCGUGUUGGUUACAAGGUCCAGCAGGCUGUGAGUGUACAAGUUGCCAGGACUGAGGAACAGUAUACAAUCUGUGGUGUUCAUCCACAUGUUACUGAGGGUCCUGGUACACUCUGUGCAUAUCCAUCAGCGGGUCUUUGUAGGCACAUAUAGUCACCUAAUCUGAGGAGGAUUUGUGUGUGUUGAUUGCCUAAACUGUUCAACUAAGCACACGACCGCUGCCAAUCUUUGGUCUGCAGUACUUGUGUCAGUCGACCAGUUUAGAACUGGUGUGCAUAUGUGCAGCAACUACCAUUUUUACCGUAGCUUUGCCAAUACUUUCCCUCUCACAUCCCUGUUAGUGUCACCGACAACCAUGUAACAUUCAACCCCCGUCUUUGUCAAUGUUGGUUGUUCAAGCAGUUAGAAAACUGUAUAUUUUCCAGUCAAAACAUACCUAAGAUUUUUGAUGUGUGGUAACAAAAAAUGUGUAUCCCUUUAAGGUGUAAAAAGAUCCACCAGAAAGUCAUGCCUUCCAGACAGUGAAUAUCCCCCAGUUGUCUCAACUCAGGAGUAUUAAAUUAUAGCGUAAAACAUUGGGGGAUGUGCACUGUCACCAUGGCUGCGAGAGUCCUGAUUGGAGGAGAACUGACAAGCACUUAUGUGAUUAGUUGACAAGAGAGCUGGCAGGCACUAGAGUGAUGUUUACUCGUGAUUGGCUGGUUUGCUAAAUGGAAGUACAGAGUAAGCUUUGUUGUAUUUUGUACUUGGUCACUUCACAUGUUUACUGUACUGGUAAAUGUUUUGUUAACUAAAGAUAGCUGCACUGAGCUCUUGGCAGCAGGAGCACCAUGAAGCUGAGUUAUGUUGUGCAAGCAUGGGUUACCAUUCAUAUGGAUUGGUAAAUUAUUAUAUGUUAAGUGGUAAUUUGUUUGGGUUCACACUGUAUGGAUGGAGCAGAUGGCGGAGCAUAUUAAAUUUUAUUGUCUUACUCAAAGCCCGGUUUCAUAGCUACAAAUGGUGGACGGUUACUGGUGAAAUUGUGUUGUUUAUCAUUAUUAUUAUUAUAUUUGUUGGGCAUUAUGCAAACACAUGAAAUGAACGCACUGUUGCAUCAUAGUUUAGUGUAACUCUGUUGUUUAGUUUUGGCUGCACUGCAUACACUAUUUGAUUAUUAAUAUAUUUUUGCAGUUGACAUUCCAUAUAACAAUGACUCAAAAAUCUCAUUGCCAGGCACAAACUAGUAAAAAAAAAAUCUUCUACCUUGCAAAUAGAUUUCAGGUUUGUUUUUUUUCGUCCAUAACCACAGAUUUCUCUUUCAUUCAGUCAUUAUUGUGUAAAUGAUAAAUUCGAAGUUUAAAAAAUAACUUUUCAUAUAAAUUAUAAAAAGUUCUUCAGUUUAAACACACACACACUCAACCAUCUCCCUUAACUCUACCACAUUAUUUUUUUUUAUUACCCGGUAUUAUUAUUAAUACGAGACUGUUAUUCAGAGUAUGACACCUGACUCCUCCAGUAGUGAGUGAGUGAGAGGUACCAAGUUACACACAUGUGAUACUCUACUGGAGGCAGUAUUGUACUGUCAACUCCAAUGUAAUGUUUUUUUUUCCUUUCUUCUCUAUUUAAUGAUAAUAUUCUGUUGUACUGUAUAUCACCGCCCUACAAAACCUGGUAAACAAACCACCUCAAAUCAUUCAGCCUAGUUUACAAAGAUGUGUAGAAAUAGCGUUUUAAUCAUCAUCGUUACUAUACUUGUUUACAGACGGUAUGUCGCAUCGUGUAGUCAUUUUUUUAAUUUUUGUUUUUAUUUUGUUUCUCUUCUUUUGUAGUCAUCUAAUAUUAAUUUAUAUAAUAUAUGCUUCUCCUGUAUCUAUUUUUCCCCUUAUCAAGCUUUACAGUAUUUUCUCUCUUAUAUAUAUGUGUCUAGUCUUAUCCUCUCUUGUGUUUUGUUCAAUAAGCUGACGACCACACAGUUAUGCUCUAGUCCAGACUAUUGUAGAUUCAUUCUCUUGAUCUACCGUCAUCCUUCUUCUUCUACUUUUUCUUCUUCUCCUUUUCUUUCUCCUCUUCUGUUGUCUUCUUCUAGGAACAGCUGUCACUUUGUUCACCGUGUACAUAUAGUCGUCACCGCCUGAAUCUUUUUGUUUGAUUGCUCGUCCCUCACAAUAAAGUAUGAUAACUGAUUGAUUGGAGGUGUUUCAUUGGAGGGUUUUUUAUUCUAUUUUUUUUUUUUUUAAUGCUUAACUUUAUCUCCCUUGUGUCAAAGUUAUUUAUCAUACACAUUUUUUAUUUUUUAUUUUUAUUUUUUUUAUAGUAGGUGUAAUAAGUUAGACUGGAAUAAGUUUGAAUUUGGGCAACAACAGUUUAGGCUUUUGGCUUCUAGGCUGGUAUUGAAUGUUGGCUUAGGGAAGGAAUGAUGCCAUUUUACAUUUUAUACAACAAAAUGUAAUGCAUUUCUUUAUUGUGAAACUUGUAACCAUAUUAUGAAUUCAUCCUCCUUACUUGACAAAGAGGAAAGUAUAAAAAAAUUUGGUUUGGUUGGCCAGAAUGGCUUAAACUGUGUCUGUACUGUACAGGCUAAACCACAGGCUGAAAGUGUUAGCCCAAGGCCCACAAGAAUGUUUUUCAAGACACUAUAAAAGUGAAUCGUGACGACAUAAAAACUACGAUGAUUCCGAAGGUAUAUAGGGAGACAGAGCCGUUCUCAUAAUGUCUGUAUAGCGCCAUGUACAAAGGAAAUGAUUUUUGUUAUCAAUCAUUUUAUAGAUGCAAAUAAAGAGGUGUAAAAAUUAGAAGGCAAAAAA